AUGGACGACGGACUCGUGCUCAACUUUGCUGAAGCACCGGCGGGACCUUCGAGGCGGGCUGUCGGAAACAAGGGAGGACGAUGGACUGAUAGGUCAGAUGAUCUCAUUCCGUACAGGGUCAAGGCUAAGCGCACUCUGAAGCGCAAGACUAGGCAAGAAGAUAGAGGGAGUGUACACCCACCGCCUGCUUAUGCGGAAGACGACGGCGAAGACUAUUCUGCUCGACCUGUAAAAAAGCCACGACGUCAGGAACAUGCACCUCAAGCUGCAUUGCCCGACUCAGCCAAGACUUUCGCUCGCUCUGCUCCUACCUCGACGGCGCCCAAGCUUCCACCAGGGCAAAUUAUAUCUUCUCUCUUCUCCUACAACCCAAAAAUUGAGGCACCAUUGUCAAACGCAGCUCGUUCCGCUGUAUCAAAGCCAAGCAACGCCCCUCUCGCUACGGGGUCCGGGUUCGCCGACCUCGGCCUGCAUCCCCUUCUCACCGCCCACCUCACCACCAAGCUCAACAUCGCCAAACCCACCUCCAUCCAACGCGCGUCCCUCCCCAUCUUCACGCGUCCGACAGCAGAUCACGCAGACCGAGAUGUGUUCAUCCAGUCCCAAACCGGCUCCGGAAAAACGCUCUCCUUCCUCCUGCCUAUCAUCCAAGACCUCCUCCCACUCAGCACUCACUCAUGGAUCGACCGCUCGAUAGGCACGCUCGCCAUCAUCAUCGCGCCCACGCGCGAACUCGCUAAACAGAUCUCCGACGUGCUCGAAUCCGUCCUGCGCAUGAAACUCCGCGCGGAGGACGACAACGACGACGAAGACAACGCCGCCGACUCCGACGCCCAAGCCCCGCCCUCGCACUACACGCGCUGGCUCGUGUCCGGCCUGCUCAGCGGUGGCGCGACGCGCACGCACGAAAAGUCGCGCCUGCGCAAGGGCAUCCCGAUCCUCGUCUCGACACCCGGCCGGCUGCUCGACCACCUGCAGAACACGUCCUCGUUCGACGUCGGAAAGUGCCGCUGGCUCGUCCUGGACGAGGCCGACCGGCUCAUGGAGCUCGGCUUCGAGGACACGAUCCGCGGCAUCAUCCAGGGCCUCGACGGGCGGCGCAAGCUCGCGGUGCACGCCGUCAACGAGGGCAAGAGCAUGGACGUCGGCGGUUGGGACUGGGAGCGGCGCAGGCGGACGAUAUUGUGCUCUGCGACGAUCCGGGAGGACGUGCAGAAGCUCGCUGGGACGGCUCUGCAGCGUCCACUGAUGAUCAAGGCUGUGGAGAAUGACGAGGAUGCAUCUGGACAACAGCAGGCGUCGCAGGAUGCGGCCGGCGCUAACGCGACCUCGUCGAAGUUUACGCCUCCGUCGCAGCUCUCGCAGAAGUAUGUGGUGGUGCCACUUAAAAUGCGCUUGGUUGCCCUUGUCGCUAUCCUUCGACAACUUCUCUCGCAGGCUCAAAACAAACGAGGAACCAAAAUCAUCGUGUUCCUCAGCUGUACGGACUCUGUCGACUUUCACUGGCGAUUACUUGGGGGCUCCUUCAUGGGUCCCGGUCAAUCGCAGGCGUCGGAUCGGCCAAAGUCGGGCGAUGGAGGCGGUGAGGAGGAUAACGAAAACUCGGAAGAUGAAGAAGGAAAAUCGGACGACGAGGAAGAACCUUCACCCGGCGACGGCAUCGCUGUGUUUUCGCCCCUCCUCCCCGACACCGCCAUCUACCGCCUACACGGCUCGCUCGAGACGCCCACCCGUCUCGCGUCCCUGCGCGGCUUCUCUACCUCGGCAUCCUCGUCGACGUCAUCCCAAAAAUCGAAGCCGAAAGCAAAGCCGAAAUUGCCGACGAAGGAGGAAGCAGCGUCGUCGGCCGUGUUGCUGUGCACGUCCGUCGCCUCGCGUGGUCUCGAUCUCCCGCUCGUGCGCGCCGUCGUGCAGUACGAUCUGCCCACUGAGGGUGGGGCGACCGAGUAUGUGCACCGCGUGGGGCGGACGGCGCGUGCAGGGCGAGGCGGCGAGGCGUGGAGCAUUAUAGCCCCGAGCGAGGCCGAGUGGGUGAAGUGGGUCGAGGAUCGGAUGCGUGGGGGUGCGGUUGUGGGUGCCGAUGCUGCGGCGGGGGGCGAGAUUCGGCUGGAAGGCGCGAGCGUCGAGCAGGUGCUUGCGAAGGGCUUUGGGGGGAAGGGCGUGGAGUACGAGCAGCGCGCGACGGAGGUGCAGCUGUCGUUUGAGCGGUGGGUGUUGCGGAACAAAGAGAACGCUGGGCUCGCGAGACGCGCUUUCCUCGCGCACAUGCGUGCGUACGCAACGCAUCCGUCUGACGAAAAGCACAUGUUUCAUGUGCGGCAUUUGCAUAUUGGGCAUCUCGCGAAAGCCUUUGCGCUGCGCGAGGCGCCGACCGCGAUCACGAACGGCGGCGGGAAGAAGGGCAGCAAAGGCGGAUCGAAGUCAAAGGGAAGCACGUCCGCCAACGCACGGGCUAAGCCGUCUUUGGGCGGUAAGCUCAAGCCCAAGGCAAAGGUCCAAAGCGGCAAGCCGGGCCAGGGUGCCGAGCGGGACUGGACGGAGCGCACGGGCGAGGCAGAGGCGCGGAUGGAGAAGGCGGUGCGCGAGCAGGGCCGGCUGUCGAAGAAGGCCGGGAAGCUGGUCAGCAGCGGUACUGGGGAGUUCCAGAUCGCGUCUGGGUACAACCUCGAGAGGCUGGUGGGGAAAAGCUAGCGCGGUACCCUCGUACGAGGACACGGGCUAUGGCUCGCGUACGCGCCAUGAGGUUCGUGUACGACGGUGUUACGCGAUGUACAAUGUGACCUUGGCCUCUUUGCCGGCAGGUACAUUUCUUUGUACUUCUCUUGCGUUGUGCUGCUGUUCCGCGGAGGGCGAGUAUGCAUUGUUUCAGCGUGAGGCGUAUGCAUGAACGGUGAUGCUGGAACGAGGCGAAGUACUGAGGAUAAAAGCCUCGUUUCCUUGCCAAGGUUUCGCUUUGAGCUGAUCAUGGCCGUCUCACGACAAUAUUGAGGCUUGACACCGGACUGGCAGGGUGACCGGGACAUGGUUGAGCUUGCUCAAUGCUAACAUUGUCAUUUCUUUUAUCAGUGUUCCUACUAUAAACAGGAACUCGGAGUUAAUGAUUUUCUAGGAGGCUCUGGUGAACUGCUGUGGCGCGUCAAAGGUCGGGGGCAUUACUUCUCGGACAGGGAGAGCCGACCGCGCAGGCAAUUCCCAAUUUCAAGCUUGCUGUCAUGUUUCUUCACCAUCCCUUGUCCGCACAUCUCCCAGCCCGAUCUGCAAACUCCGAGUAUC